AUGCCCGAAAGAAUGAAUAUCGACGAACCACUGUGGGAUCAGAGCACAUUUGUAGGAAGAUUUAAGCAUUUUUUAUGGGUAACCGAUCCUAGGACCUGUCUGGUAAACGAAGAUGAUCUGGAUAAUGCAAAAAGUUUAGUAAACCAAUACAGGAAAGGACAGGAACCUCCAGGCACAACUCUAGAGCAAAUUAUUUACGCUAAAAAGUUGUAUGAGAGUGCUUUCCACCCUGAUAGUGGAGAAAAACAAAAUGUUUUCGGCAGAAUGUCUUUCCAGGUACCAGGCGGUAUGGCAAUUACAGGGGCUAUGCUUCAGUGGUACAGGACACCAUUUGCUGUAGUGUUCUGGCAGUGGGUUAAUCAGUCUUUUAACGCAUUAGUCAAUUACACUAAUCGAAAUGCUAAAUCUCCUACUACUACCAACCAACUUGUCGUUGCUUAUCUAUCUGCUACCUCGUCAGCCAUGAUUACAGCUUUGGGUUGCAAAUACUACUGGACAAAAAGGGCCAGCCCGUUUGUCCAGAGAUACGUACCAUUUGCUGCCGUGGCAGCUGCUAAUUGUGUCAACAUCCCCAUGAUGCGUCAGAACGAAAUCCUCCAUGGCAUCGACUGUACCGAUGAAAGUGGAAAAAUUGUUGGUCAGUCGAAACUAGCUGCCGUUAAGGGUAUAACUCAGGUCAUCAUUUCACGUAUAACGAUGUGCGCCCCUGGAAUGCUGAUACUGCCAAUAAUAAUGGAGAGAGCGGAAAAGUACAGGUUCAUGCAGAGGAUAACUUACCUUCACGGACCAAUCCAGGUUAUGGCCGUCGGCUGUUUCCUUACAUUUAUGGUACCAACUGCUUGUGCGUUAUUCCCCCAAAGAUGUUCAAUAAAGACUUCCACUUUAGAAUGGCUAGAACCAGAGCAGUUUGAGAAGAUUAAGGCGAACUGCGAGGGCAAAGUCCCAGAGAGGGUGUACUUCAACAAAGGGCUGUAAGUCAGCACGACAAUAAUUACUUAGUAAACUGUAGGCUUAACAGGUAUGACUUUCACGGAAACUAUACGUAAGUUUAAAGGACAUUAGCGUAGAGUAAGUCCCAAAAUUCCAACUUCUUUCUAAACCAUCUGAAGUAUUUUUAUUAUUUAUAAAAUUUUUAGCAAUAUUUUGAUAUAAUUGUUUUUUGAAUGUUUUUUAAACAUUUAUUAUUAAGCAAUAAUUUACACCCUUGUUGUAAUUUUGUUUAUGAGCUGUUAUAAAAUUAUUGUACUUACUACUAAGACAC